GUAGCUCUCCCUAUUUCUCUCUCUCUUCUCUGUUUGUUCUUGCAAAGAUCUACAUCUUGGUACAAGCUUACAGAACAAAAACACUUUUGUCAGUAUUAAUAAGCUUCAGAAACAUCAGAUUCCAACUUCAUAAUCUCUCUAUCAAUGUCUGAUUUGGAAACUCGCCACUACGUCCACCAACUUCUGGGAUCAGAUCCAGUGCAGCUGCAUCCUCAAAAUUCAAACGAUGACGCACCAUCCACCACUACUUCCGUCUCUGCAACACCAACCUUUGGACGAAGACCACGUGGACGUCCGCAGGGUUCCAAGAACAAGACAAAACCACCAGUGAUUAUCACUCAAGACACCCCCAACGCGCUCAGAUGCCACAUCCUGGAAAUUUCCAACGGUUCCGAUGUGGUAGAAUCAGUCUCCAACUACGCCACCCGCCGCGGCCAAGGCGUCUGCGUACUUAGCGGCACAGGAGCUGUAACCAACGUCGUGCUCCGGCAGCUAGCCGGGAGUGGGCCGGUGACACUGCCCGGAAGAUUCGAGAUUGUGUCUUUAUCGGGAACGGCAUUACCGCCGCCGGCGCCGGCGGGAGCUGGUGGGUUGAGUGUAUAUCUGGCGGGCGGUCAAGGACAGGUGGUGGGCGGAAUGGUGGCGGGUCCAUUGAUGGCUUCUGGUCCGGUGGUUUUGAUGGCGACGUCGUUUCAAAACGCUGCGUAUGAUAGGUUACCGUUGGAAGUGGAAAAGAGUGCGACGGCGGUGCAGCCAACAGCUUCGCAGUCGUCGGGACUGACAGGGAAUGGAGAGAAAAUCGGUGGCGACGGAGGCGGCGGCGGGGCAAGGGGUGUUUCGCAUAAUUUGGAGAGCUAUCCGUUCCCAGGUGGGGCAGGAGAUAUUUUGGGUUGGGGCUUUACCAGCGUUUAGGAUACAGCAAGGCCGCCAUUUUAGAUUUAAGCUUGUGUUCUUCUUGUUUUACUAUCGUUGUAGAAUUGUUUCUUUGUUGUUUGUUAAGAUUUGAUGGUAAUUGGAAUGAAAAGAUUUUGCGGUUUCUUUAAAUC